UUUGUUUCAUUCGUAAAAAUGGUACGAGUUCGUGCUGUUGAUAUUGAACAGGCUAUCACUGGACUUCUGACAAACCUUGGUCUUUCACUUGAGGAUCUCCGUGGACAGGGUUAUGAUGGAGCGUCAACAAUGAGUGGAGAGAAGUCAGGUGUUCAGAGAAGAAUUCUAGACAAGCAGCCAAAGGCAGUAUACACUCACUGUUCCGGUCAUUCCCUCAACCUUGUAAUAGCACAAGCCUGUGCAGAGCCAUGCGUCCGAAAUUGUAUUUCUGUCAUCAAGGCCAUCACUCUUUGGAUUAGAGCAUCACCAAAGAGGGAAGGUCUACUAAAGCAAGUAUGUGAAAGGCAACAGCAAGCUGGAGCAGCACAUGGCUCUCCUCUGCUUAAUGUUUGUAUAACCAGAUGGGUGGAGAAUAUUGAUGGGUGGCAGCGCUUCAUGCAGUGUCAUCCAUACCUAGUAGAGCUGUGCGAAGUAAUAAUUUAUGGGAGUAGACACUACGCCAUGUUUAGUGACGGAUUCUCUGCUGAUGACAAGAAGGAUGCGGUUGCGCAUUUAAAGUCCUUGGAAUCCUUCUCUUUUAUUUAUGCAAUGGUUGUUUUGCACCGUACGCUCUCGUACGUUCGAGAACCCAUUAAAAGGUUGCAGGGAGUUUCUCAAGAUCUCUACUCUGGCUUGAUGAUGAUAGAAGAUUGUCAGAAAGAGCUUCUUAGCAUACGUUUCAACGCAGAUGAACUGACUGCAUUUUCAGACAGAAUUUACAACCACAGUUGCUGCCUUGCUGCUAAGUCUGAUAUUGCUCCAGUUGUGCCCAGAACUUGCCAACGGCAGCAGCAUCGUUCUAAUUAUCAAUGCUCUGAUCCCAAGCAGUACUUUAAAGUUACAGUUCUCCUGCCCUUUUUAGAUCAUUUGCUUGCAGACUUGAAAGCCCGAUUUGCAAAGCAUGUGCAGAAAGUUGCUAGACUACAAUCACUCCUGCCGUCUUCUAUCAGUGAAACAUCAUCUUUUCAGGACAUUGAAGAGGCUGUAAUAUUCUACAGUGCUGACUUGCCGAACCCUGACAUUGUUGAUGAGGAAUUUGUUCGUUGGAAGAGAAAAUGGCUCAACAUUCCUCCGCAGUCUCGUUCCCAAUCUCUGAAAGACUGCCUGGCUCCUGGUGUCUGCACAAUGCCAAACCUGCGUGUCCUUAUGCAGCUUUUUGCAACACUGCCUCUGAGCACUUGUUCCUGUGAGCGAUCCGGUUCUGCUCUGCGACGGCUCAACACCUACCUGCGCAGCACUCAGAGUGAAGACCGUCUUGCUGCUGCAGCUCUCAUCCACGUCAACUACGCUACACCUGUUGAUAUUAACCACGUCUGCAAACUGUUUAUGCAGAAACAUCCACGUAGAAUUGAAGCACCUAGUAUGCUGUUUGAUAACUCUUGAUGUUGAGCAAGUUAUUUGCUUUCUAAUAGUUUCAUUUACCCAAGUAACAGUUAGUCUCACAGCACGUAUUGCUAAGAUUAAAGAAGGUCAUGGUGUGUUUGACUGCCAAAAAUAGAACAGUUGUAAUCAAGUUGUGAACCCCCCUUGGAUAAUUCCUGCGUACGCCCCUGAAGUUACG